CCAUCAUCCCUAAUAAUCUCUCCAUCGCCGGAGAGACGCCAUUGAAGAGCUCUUGAGCUCAUUCAUGGCGAUGAAGCCCUAAAAAUCUCUGCUUUCUCUCUGUGGAUUGCUCUCCAUCUCGUCUCACAGCUCUAAUGAAUAGCCCCAUGGCUAGUAGAGUUGUCACCGUCCGUUCCUUCGUUCGGUCUUCUCUCUUCUCCUCCCACUACCAUCCUCCCACUAUCUUCUCGUCUCGUCCUCUGCCUUUAAUCCAUGCAAACCUCUUAUUCCGGCGUGGUCUCAGCCUCGUCGACUCCGUUCUUCAGGAACUGAACGCCAUUCGCGCUGCCAAGCUUGUUCGCGUGACUAACAAAAUGGGUUUUCCGAGUAACAAAGAGUUGGUUGAUGAUAAAGUUGAGAAGAGAGUGUUGCAGAGAGGGUUGUUGCUUGAAUUCCGGAAGGACUCUCAGAAACACUUGCUCGCUGUUGCUCAGAAGCCUGAUGGGAAGAAGAAUUGGAUGGUUUUUGAUCAGAAUGGUGUUACUUCUUCAAUUAAGCCGCAGCAAGUUACCUACAUAGUGCCUGGUAUUGAAGAUUUUAACCAUGAAGAUAUUGCUGAUUUUAUUAGAAAAACUCGUGAUCUCUUGGACCCUGCAAUUUUGGAGUUUGCUUGGGAGGAGCUUUUGGAGAAGAACAAGUCAGUGACUGCUGAGGAGUUAGCGGAGAUUCUAUAUGGUAGCAGGGAUCCUCUUGAAAGCUACUGUUCUCAUCUCUUGCUGUCGGAAGAUGAUGUCUAUUUUACGGUCUCUGAGUGCAAAGGAUCUUAUACUGUUUAUCACCCUCGGCCUUCUGUUCUGGUUGAAGAACUUCUAAAGAGAAAGUGCUUGAAGGAAGCUUCAGAGAAGGAGCUUGAAGAAUUUGUGCAGUUAUUAACAUCUGCAAAGUCAAAGCCUCCAUCCUCUAGACCUCCUAAAUGCUCUUGGUUGUCAGAAGAAAAAAUUGAAAGGAAGAUUGAAUGUCUUGAAGCUUAUGCUGUUGACACAUUCACUACUGAUGAACAGAGGCAGACGGCGGGAAUGGUACUUAAAGCCAUGGGAUUACAAAAGACUUCAUCUGCUGCUAUGAACCUCCUCAUUGAUAUCGGAUAUUUUCCAGUACAUGUCAAUCUUGACCUCAUAAAGUUCAACAUACAAACAAAGUAUAGUGAUGAACUUUUAUCAGCUGCUGAAAGUCUUUUGACAGUUGCGUCUGAUCCAGAUAAGGCUAACAGGAAGGACCUUACAUUCUUGAAAGUCUAUGCCAUUGAUGUGGAUGAAGCUGAUGAGCUUGAUGAUGCUCUAAGUGCAACUAGGUUGCAAGAUGGUAGGAUAAAAGUCUGGAUACAUGUAGCUGAUCCUUCCUGCUUAGUUCAACCUCACAGCAUAAUUGACAGGGAGGCAUUGCGACGCGGAACAUCCAUUUUUCUACCAACGGCUACUUUUCCGAUGUUCCCUGAGAAGCUAGCCAUGGAAGGUAUGAGUUUGCAGCAAGGAAAUUUGUGUAAAGCUGUCAGUGUAUCCGUCAUACUGCACCAAGAUGGAAGCAUUGCAGAGUACACCAUAGACAAUUCAAUUAUUCGACCAACCUACAUGUUGACGUAUGAGAGUGCAUCUGAGUUGCUUCAAUUGAACUUGGAAGAGGAAGCUGAACUCCGGAUUCUAUCUGAAGCUGCUGCACUUCGCUUGGAAUGGCGUCGUCAGCAGGGUGCGAUAGACACAGCGACAAUAGAAACCCGUAUUAAAGUUUCUGAUCCUGAUGAUCCUGAACCAUCAAUCAGUCUAUACGUCGAAGAUCAGUCAGAUCCUGCAAUGCGGCUUGUCUCUGAAAUGAUGAUAUUAUGCGGGGAGGCCGUAGCUACCUUUGGUUCUUGCAACAACCUUUCCUUGCCUUAUCGAGGGCAGCCACAGUCAAACAUCUCAGCAUCAGCAUUUUCGCAUCUUCCAGAAGGACCUGUAAGAAGUUCUGCCUACGUCAAAAUAAUGCGUGCAGCCGAAAUGGAUUUCAGAAAGCCUUCACGGCAUGGCGUUCUAGGUGUUCCUGGUUAUGUUCAGUUCACAUCUCCCAUUCGUCGAUAUCUUGAUCUUCUUGCACAUUACCAGGUUAAAGCUUUUCUUCGGGGAGAACCCCUGCCAUUUUCGGCCGGUGAGCUGGAAGGGAUGGCAUCUAUUGUAAACAUGCAUGUUAGAAUGGCCAAGAAGCUCCACAACAGCAGUUUACGGUAUUGGUUGCUGGAGUAUUUGAGAAGACAGCCCAAGGAACGGAAAUAUCGGGCUUUGAUUCUUCGAUUCAUCAAAGAUCGUCUUGCAGCAUUGCUUUUGGUGGAGGUAGGAGUUCAAGCUUCUGCCUCUGUCUCAGUUGGAACACAAAUCGGUGAUGAAAUAAAAGUUGUCAUCGAUGAAGCUCAUCCCCGUGACGACAUUCUCACUGUUAGUGAAAUCUGAAGGGAUCAACCGAUAAUUCCAUGUGAAAAUUGCAAUGUCUUUGAAUUGUAUCAAGCCGUGAAUCUUGUUCAAGUAUUCGCGUAUUCUGAAAACCGGCAGCUGAAGCUUCAUCAAGGCAUUUACGCGAACAUGAGUUUUCGCCCGACCGAUAUGUUUGCUUCCAUCCUGCAGAUCAAUAUUUUGUGGGACAACAAGAUUUUGCAUUGUGAUUUCAAGUUACUGGAUCAUCAUCAAAUUGAUAUCUUAUACCAUAAUAAUAACCUUCAGAUUUAAUACACA